AUGGGUUGCAAAUAUAUUAUUGUUAUUCAUGGUGGUGCAGGUGUUAUUAGUAAAUCCAAUAUUUCAGAAGAAAGAGAAAAACAAUUUUUAAAAUCAUUAAAUGGAAUUUUAAGUGCAAGUAAAAAAAUCCUAAGAAAUGGUGGUACAGCAUUGGAUGCAGUUCAAGAAGCUGUUAGAUUAUUGGAAGAGGAUGAAUUAUAUAAUGCAGGUAAAGGUUCAGUUUUCACAUCAAAAGGUACCAACGAAAUGGAUGCAGGAAUUAUGGACGGUAGCACUUUGAAAUGUGGUGCGGUUGCAGGUGUUUCAACUAUUAGAAAUCCAAUUGUAGCAGCAAGAGCUGUAAUGGAUCACACAAAUCAUAUUUUAUUAAUGGGUAAAGGUGCCGAAGAGUUUGCUCAAUCAAAAUCAAUUGAAAUAGUCGAGCCAUCUUUUUUUUUUACUCAAAACAGAUACGAUCAACUAUUAAAAGCCAAGGAUACAAAUAGGGUUAUUUUAGAUCACGAUGGAGAAAAAUUGGUCAAAGAAGAAGAAAAAACACUUACUGUUAAUAUUUCGGGUGAUCCUAUUCAUCCAGAUAGUAAAAUGGGCACUGUUGGUGCUGUUGCAAUUGAUAAGUAUGGAAAUUUAGCUGCAGCUACAUCCACCGGUGGUAUGACAAAUAAAAUGGUUGGUAGAGUUGGUGAUACUCCAAUUAUUGGAGCAGGUGUUUAUGCAAAUAAAAUGGUAGCAGUUAGUAGUACAGGUACUGGUGAGGCAUUUAUUAGAACACUAGCAGCAUAUGAUAUUUCAGCAUUAAUGGAGUAUGGCGGUCUAACAUUAGAAGAAGCUUCAAAAAAAGUUGUAAUGGAAAAGCUUAUCGAGCAAGGUAAAGGUGAUGGUGGUGUUAUCACCGUUGAUGCCAAUGGAAAUAUUGCUAUGCCUUUUAACAGUGAAGGCAUGUACAGAGGUUACGCUAUUGUAAAUAACAAUGAAGAAAAUGAAAAUAACGAUACCAUAGUAGUUGCAAUUUAUAAAAACGAAUAA